GAAAAAAUUAAUAAUUGAAGAGAGAAAGACGUUCUUUGUAAAAGUACUAGCAAUGUGAAUAAUAAAUAUUAAGUUUCGAUAGCUGUUAAGGGUAAUAGUGAAUAAAAAAAUUUAAGAAUAUUAUUUUAAAAAAGAAGAAGAGUAGAAAGUGUCUGCAUAUUGGAAAAAAAUUACAGACAAUUUUUAUGCAAAAGAUUUUUGCUCAUGUUCAAAUACAUGUGUUCGUGUGUGUAUUCAUAUGAAAAAUCAAACAUACAGAUAUAUAGAAUACAGUUUAUUUAAUUGAAAAAUAGAUCUUAGAAUAUAUAAACUCCUUUCAUUAAAAUUCGUGAAUUGCUGAAAAAACUUUUAGCUUCGUAUUCCAUUCGUUGACUUUUUUAUUGCUUUAUAUGCUUUAUUUUUUAUAUGCUUGCAAAAAAAGGAAAAAAAGAGAAUUCGGUUAACUCCCAGUUUAAUUGCAUGAGUGUGGGUGAGUGUAAAAAGAAAAUUAUGUAUUAAAAACAGGAUCAGACAACAAGGCUUAAGAACCUCACGUCUAUGUGAUAAAAAAUAUUUUAUGUUUUUUUUUUUUGCGGUUCGUCCAAGAGCAAUAAUAACGUUAAUAAUAUAGUAAUACGACGUUAAUGAAAAGGCAUGUGUUUGAAACACCAUGCCAUCGCUACUAACAAAACGACGUUUGCAAUGUCUACCAAAAAAUCAUCAAAUUCCAACCGUCCAAUUUUCUAAGAGGAAUACGACGUUCUUACGAAAACAAAGAAAUUUACGAUUAUUACACAUAGUAGCAACGAAAAUUUUAUAGUAAAGAAUUGAAAGUUCGCGCACAGCAGUAAAAUCAUCAGAUAGCCUGGAUAAUAUUAUAUAUAUAUGUAUACUAUUUUAAUAGCAUAUGUACAUACGUUCCUAUGGCAACAACAUUAGAUUUUGAAGAUGAAGGUGGAGAUGACACCUCGAGUGUUACAAUAUGCAGUACAUCCAGCAUUCAUCCUCAAACCAUGCAUUAUAAUAAUCGUAAAUUGGAAGCAAACGCCAGCAGCUGUAAUAAUUGCUGUGCUGCCAUCAUCGACCAUCAUCACCGCCAUAACCCCCACGACAUAAACAAUGAAGCCGCCAUUGAGAAAACCACCGCUGAAAGUCAACAUAAAGAUCGCAGUAUGGAUGACGAUUGCAAUGAAAAUAUGGGGUGCGGCUCAACUAUAGACAAUGUAGGCUUAGUGAAUCAAAUAGAAACGGCGGCAACAAUUGUUGCUAUGAAGACAGCAUCGCAACGACACCAACCACCACAUCUUCAGCAACAUGUCGUUUUUACACAGCCGGAAGCGCAAAUUGCCUCCAACGCUUUAUCGGUUAAUAAAAAUUUGCUGUUGUGUCGCCGUUUUAAGGAUUCGGGCGAUACAUUGCGCAAUUUUAACUCGCUGCCAUUAUUUGUUUACGCUACAUCACCUUCUACGCAUGCCAUUUCAGCGGAUGGUGUGGGUGUUGCUAAAGUUGCUGUUAAAGCAGCUGAGGAAGCUGCCAAGGUCGAUGGUAAUGAUUUGGCUCAACACGGCAAUAACAUUAAUUUUACUUAUCUUGCCAAUAAUUUCGAUGGCAAUAUAUUGAGGAAUCCUAUGGACUGUAUACCAUUGGCUGUGGGUGGAGGCUCUCAUCAUCCGCAUUUAAUGGCUUCCAGUAAUACCGUUAAUGUUACUGUAGCUUCUGCGGCUUUAGCAGCUGGCUCCGGCUAUUCACACCAUCCAAAUUUGAACGCGAACCCUCUUCAUCAGCAUCAUCAUCAUCAUCUUUUAAGUCAUAAUACAGCAUAUGCCAAUAGUUACGCCAUUCAUCAUGGUGUUGGCAAUGGCAAUCAUCAUCAUAUACAUAGCGAACAAACCAAAUCGUUGCAAGAAUUGCAACACGAAGUGGGCGCGCUAUUGGAAUUUCGCGAUCUAGUGAUUGAAACAUUUCCUGAUCUCAAACAGAAAAUGGCAUCUAUGUCCUCGGCAGCUUCGACCACCUCAAAUACGGGUGGCCUAACAAACGGUGGCCAAUCUGUGGGGAGUGUAAUAAGCGCCGCCGGUUCAACAGCUACCUUAACUAGUGGAGGCACGUUAGUGUCGAGACGUGAAUGGGAGCCCGGCAUUCGUAUAAAGCGUAAGAUAUCCCAAAAGGAAACAAGUCAACCCGCCGCUACAGAGCUAUCCUCAUCGUCGUUGACAAGGAGUCGCAGUAAUUCACAUAGCGGUAAAAAGGAACCAAAGAGUAGUAGUGGUGGCGGUAGCAGCGCUAACGGUGGUGGAAGUGGCGAAAACAAUAACGGCAGUGUAAUACAAGACUCAGGUUUCUCUACAGAGACCAGUUCAUCGAAAGAGGGCCAUAGUGCCUCUUCAACGAAUGGUGCUUCAACAGGCGCCAUAGCUUCAAAUCGCUUGUCAUGUCCGGAAUCCGAUGAUGAAUUGCUGAAUCUGCUCGACGUCAUACAUCGUAAAUCAAAUCGUUUACGUGACGAGGUCGAACACUUGCAGAAUUAUGAACGCCAGCAAUUGCGCCAGCAAUCCACUUGUAGUAGUGAAGAUCAGCUGGAUAUGAACGAAGGAGCAGCGGGUAUUUCCAAAUCUAGUAGUAGUAGUGCCAAUACAGCUUUGACACCAAAAACUUUUCGAGAGCAUGUUGAACGCCUCAGCAAAGAGGAUAUUAAACAAUUGCGUAGAGAGCGUGAUCGUUUGCUUGACAAAUUGGCUGAAAUGGAAGCUGAGACUUUAACCGGUCGUAUUAAAGCGGCUAAAAUGAACGAUCAAGUCGAAGAGUUGAUUAAUGUGAAAAAGGAACUAGAAGAACAACUAAAACUGGCCAUGGCUCAGAAGUUGGAGUUAAGCUCGAGAAUACAGCAAUUGCAGCAACAACAACAAAGCAAAACUCCUCUAAGAUUAAAUCAUCAAGACCGAUCCAGUCAAAUUAUUGGGUUAUGCGCCUCUGCUAACACAGUGGUCUCUACCGUUAGUACGAUACCCACACAACCACAAACGGAUUUUGUGCGUGCAAGACAACAAAAUACAUUCCAACCUCUUGUGGUAGAUAAUCAACAACAACAACAACAAAUGCUUCCUUUUCCCUCCUCUACCGAGAAUAGUCAUCAAAAUUUGAUUCCAUUCCAUCAAAGCAGUGAUACCACAACAAAACGUAAUCAACAACAACCUCAGCAAUUCUCUGUGGAUCAGUUAGGGCGUCUUGAUGGUAUAAUUAGCACCACGGGAUCGCGGGCUAACAAAUGUCGUGUCACCGAUUCCAAACGAUUUGCUGCUAUAUUAUUGGAGACUAGUGUGAUAGAACUGCAAAGGCAACUAUUAACCUUAACUGUUCAGAAUCAAGUUUUAACGCAAAAGUUAGAACAAGCCUCCAAAUCAAAGAGUCAUUUAGUGAAAAGGCUAGAUAAGACAAAAGAUGAUGUAGAGGAUUUAAGAUUUCAGUUGGAGGAAAAGAAUAUUGAGUUAGAAGGUACUAAGGCUCAACUACGUGUGCUCGAAUCUCGAUUGCAUUCAACAACACCGAACAGCGGUGCUGGUACUAAUUCCUAUUUACAUUCGCAUCAAGAUUAUGAGACAAAUCGAUCUUCGGCCUCUACAACUUUGAUGAUGAGCAGGCGAGACGGCAGUGAGAUCCGCUCACAAACGCCUUUAACAUCGAGUUGCGGGCAAAUGCCGCAACCAGCUGCUACACAAAUUUCCACACCCAGCAUGAAGGCUAUGGUUCCUUUACCAAUGGACGAGCUGCAGCAUAACAGUAGUAGCACAGAAUCCGCCCACGAUCAUGAAUUGCAACUAGACGCGAACAAUAAAAGCAUUCAACGUGAUUCUGGCGGUUCAGGUAUUUUAAGCAUUAGUGUGGGUGGAAUUAGUCCGUUCGAAAAGCAACAGCAACAGCAUCAGCAACAAGAGCAAAAGCAGCAGCAUCAACAGCAAAUUACUGCCUUGAGAAAUCAAGUGCAAGCUUUAAAAAAAUUUAGCGGGGCAACCACAAAACCCAGUAAAAUACCAUUGCCUGGCAGCAAAGCAGCCGCCUAUUUUGCAGGUAAACCUCCAACCGGGAGACCGUCAACUGCUGGACGCUCACCACCAUCAGUGAACUCAUCAACCUCGUCGAAUCGCUCGCCCUUGAGUCGGAGCACUGGCAAUUUGUUGUAUUCGAAAUCACCCAACAGUCUAAAAAGAACUGAUUCUGCACAAAGUAUACGUAAAGAUAACAAUCAUAACUCAUCGUCUUUGAGUACCAAUACCAGUCGCAGUUCCACCUCUUCGUCCAUACCAUUGGCUACUACGCCAUACGGUUCGACACCAAAAUCUACGAUAUCAUAUAAUACAAAUAACAACAACAACAAUAACAGUCCGUCCUCGAGGGUUUUGCAAAACUCUCCUUUACCCAAACCCAAACGAGAAUCGCUAUCAACACGAGUGAAACACAUGGAUUCUUUGUCGCGUGCUUAUAACCAUCUACAACAGAACCAUUCAAAUAAUAAUGAUGGCAAUACAGGCACGACUGUGGUGGCGAUUAGUACCACACCUAGUGGGAGUGAUAAAGCUGCCAGUAGUUGUGUUAGUAGCACACCCAAAACUAAAACAGUAACAUCACAACUUACCUCGUCAUUGCGAAAGGAUCUCCAAUUAAGCUCGAGCAGUUUCUCCCAUGGCUCUCAAGCAUUUCCACGCCGAGCCACUGGUGGAAUAACCUUUAACAAUACCAACCCCACUACCACAAGACGCUUUAGUAGUGCCUCCGUGGUGGGAGCCCGUAUGGCAGCCGCACGUCAGGCUGAAACCGAUUUGCAAAACAGUAGCAAUGUAAACGGCAGCAGUAGUGCAAACACUGCAGCUGGUGCUCAAGCUUCCUCCUCAUCAAGUGGCCACGGUGCGAGCGGUGGUGGUGGUAAUGGUACAGCCAGCGAUAGUGACAGUGGCAAGAAUUUCUCAUUUGAUAGAAAUUACGGUUAUUUGGAAAGAGACGAAAAUCCUUUCGAAAAAUCCGGAUUAAAUAAAUAUUUCGAGAAAGAUAUACUGAAUCUAACAACAGUCGAAAAUAAGGAUUAUCAGUCGGAAUUCAAAUCCAAUAAAAUCACAUUGAGUCAAUAUUUUGAAAAGGAACUUGUCGACAACUCUGGCAGUCUUAAAGUAACGGACGAACGUUAUAUAAAAAAAUAUAAUCCAGACGAGUCGUUAUCACUCAAUGAAGAUAUCGAAUGCGACAAAGGAAGCGAUGAAUUAGAUUUUUAUACAUCAUAUGCUUCAUAUAUGAAUUCAUCAGAUCCUGGCAGUGAUACGGUUUUGGUAACAUUUGAUUAUGGUUUCAGCGAUUCGUUGGAUGAUGAUAAUCACAUAAAAAUGAAUUGCACUCCCUUUAGGAAUAAUUGCAGUACAUUAGAAAAGGAAGAGAAGUCCACUGAAAUGAUUAAAGAUCAUAGACGCAUGUACAGGAUAAGAGAAGAAAAUUUUAUUAUAAACGAUGAGAAAUCGACAUAUUAUGAAAAUGAUUUAUUUAAAGUCAAUCAUAUGCGUUAUAAUUAUGAAGAAGUAAAUAAUUCAAUUUUGUCUUCCUUGGAAGAGUACAACGUCGAUACUUCUGGUGACUAUGGAUCUUGGCAACAAUCCGAAGAUGACUCUACUAGUAAUCGUAGUUUUUAUAAAUACAAUUAUGAAGAUUUAAUUAGGCGGGAAAUUUGUGAAAAGACGGAAGACGGAAACGAACAUUUUUACUAUAAUAGUUUGGAUUAUUUGAAUUAGUUUAAGUUUUAUUAUAUAUAUAUAUAUAUAUAUAUAUAUGUAUAUAUAUGUAGAUAUUAAUUUACGUAUUUAUGCAAUGUAUAUAAUUACUAUAAACUUUAGUCACAGGUUUCGUUUGUGAAGCUUCACCUUCAUUAUACAGUUAUUUAUUAGUCAUUGAAGUAGAUAAGUAGAAAAUUGUAAACAACAACAACAACAACAACAUCUUCCUUUCAAACUUUUAACAAUAGUUCCUUAUAAUUACAGUUCUUUAAAAACACUGUGGCAGCAGUGAUAUAUAUAGUAUAUAUAUGUAUAUUAAAAAAAAGAGCGAUGUUUUAAUAAUGAGCCGACUAAAUUUCGUACAAUUGUAUAACUGCUCAAGGCGUGAGCAAAAAAGAUAUUGCAUUAAAAGAAUAUUCUUCAAACUUGCGAAUAAAAGCUUAAUUAAUAUUAAAUAAAGAAAGCAUCAGAAGAUCCGUAAAGACUAAGCUUCGAAUCAUUUAUUCCCGUAAUUUUAUUGGAAUGCAUUUAUAUCACUAAUUGAUAAUCCCUCUAUGCUUUUGCGAACUUCUUCGCUUUUAUUGAUUUCAAAUCAUUCCCAAUCUUUGAAAUUUCUUACUAAAACUAAUCAACUGUCAACAAGAUUUAAUGAAAAUUUACAAAACAAAUCAACUAUAAUAUGAAAUGAAAUUUAUUUGUAGUACGUCUGCUCUCUCUCUCUCGCUCUCUCUCCGCCUUUCAAUAUGGAAGGCAGGGAAGGAAAAACCAAAUGCCGAAAAAAACAUAAGCUGGUCAAUUUCGGUAGGCGCUAUAGGUAGUAUGGUUGUUCCUAUUGUGAACUUCCUAUUGCUUGAGAACUUACUAAACCUAAUCUAUUUCAUAAAUCGAGCGCAUUUUAUAUAAGACUUGAAUUUCCUAAACUUUCCUGUCAGAGUUUCGUAGCCCAAGUGCGAGUGGCUUUGAAACGGACCAAAACGAUACACGUUACGAAAAGAACGACAUGACCGUUUCAGAAGGACAUUCUUUCUUGUAGACUUCUUUAUGAAAUCAUCCAUCGCCGAAGUUUUUUGAAAAAGUGAUUGAUAUGACGAUGUCUAAGUUGUCGUUAUCAAGUUGUUUGUUUCUUUAUUAAUAAGAAAACUUUACAGUACAGAUUCCUGUCGAUCAAUACAAAAUUCCAAGUGAAUUCUUUUUCCACAUGAAAUGUGUGAAAUCUUCUGGACCACACCCAUUAGUUUGUUUAUAAGAUACACUUACUAAACAUUUCGUCCUAUGAACUUAUGGGGUUGCGUGUUACAUAGGUCGGCGUUAGUGUAACCAAGAAGCGAAAAGCGAUGACAACUUCAUGGCAGGAAUGGUUAGCAAACCAUGCGAAUAAUUUUUAUGAGAUUGUGUGCCCGUUCCUUUCUUUUUCUGUUUGAUAUUGUUUACUUAAGAACUUAUCAUAUUAUUUGCUUGUAUGCGCAUACGUCCCUCGUGCGCAUACUGAUGUAACGUAUGAUGUAACAAAGCAAUCGACGACUGAUGUUUCUUUAAAAUCGUUCUAAGCUGAGUGUUUCCUUUUUAAGUCUUUCUGCAGGCCUCUAAGAGUAUUUGCAUUUUAAUAACGUCUUUUCUAGACAUUUCCUUGAAAGCAUACUUGCAUACCAUUAUUAUACCUGGCUGCGUAAGUGGUCUACGAACUUUUAGGUUUUCUUGCAUAUAUAUAUAUAUAUAUAUAUAUUCCGAUGAUGUUUGAUUUAUGUUAGCGAAAAGUGUUUAACAAUUUUCGUGUUGAUACUCUUCA